AGGCAUACUUUCAUUGGCAGGUCCGCGUUGGAGAUGCCCUUGGGAUCGUACUUUCGUUGUCAAAGCCACACAAGAGAUAAGGCGAGCCUGUGCCCACGAAAAUUCACCUGUGUCGAGUAGUUCGAUCUUCGGCUCAUUCUCCUCCAUUCAUUCCCACCAUCGCUCGAGUGAGCGAUCAGUGGCAUGGCGUUCAUGGCGAGCGGCAGGGUGGCGAUCGCUCAGACCAGAGCAAGGUUCGUCACUCCCCGCAGCCUCUUCAACUGGGGCAGAGGCGCAAAAGAAGCCGAGACGCCGCCGCCGCAGUUCCAGUACCACGGCGUGGAGCCGCCGUUCCCCAUGUCGCUCGUGGCCAACACGCACCUCAGAGGACGCGAGCUCAGCUGCUGUUACAGGGCCACCGUUGACGGCUUCAGCGCGACGGACUUCCACCGGCGGUGCGACUUCAAGGGCCCCUGCGUCGUCGUCGGCUACACGGCGGGGGGCUCCUUCAGGUUCGGCGGGUUCAGCCCGGAGGGGUACCGCAGCACGGACGACUACUACGACACGCUCGACGCCUUCCUCUUCUACUGGCCGCCGGCAGCGCCGGAGGACACCGCCGCUGCCGUUCCGGUGGUGCUGCCCAAGGUGGGCGGGAGCGGCGCUGCGCUGUUCGACUACUCGCGGGGCGGGCCGCAGUUCGGCGCCGACGGGCUGCUCAUCGGCCUGCCGCUCACCGCCGUGAUGGGGGUGUUCACGGGGCCCGACGCCAGCGUCGGCGUCGGCGACCUCCGGCGCGCGCGGUCACGGCUCGGGCUGUCCUACGCGAAGAGGGAGGACGGCAAGGAGAGCCUGUUCGGCGACGAGUCCAAGGUCGAACUCGACGAGGUGCUGGUCUUCUGUAGCCCACAGAUUGCCAGCAUGUACUAGCUCAGUUUGCUUAGAGUUAUGGGUGGAUUAUUAAGCUAACCAGUAAAAGAGGAUGCUCUCUUUGUCCCGUUCUUCCAAAUGUUAAUGGGAAUCCUAAAAGGCAUGUAAAUUCGUCAUUGUUUCCAUUCAUUCAAGUGGUUUAGGCUGA